AUGGAUGAUCUGAAUGUUGACAGUCUUUUGACAGUGAUUGAAAAUGGUGUCCAAAAUUUGAAUGACAUUCCAAGUGUUUUGACUGCCAUUGACCAUUUUCAGCAAGAUCCAUCGAUACUGGACGAUCAUCUGGCUGAUCUCGUCACUGCUCUCGCCGCUGAUUUCUUUGCGAGAUCGACCGAGGACAAGAAAUCUAUUGGUGCCAUAUUUUACACAUUCUCGAAAGUUUGCAAGGUCAAGAGAGCAAGGAGGCAUUUGCCCACGGAUAUUUUUUUGUUACCGCAUAUUUUGGACCAGCUUGCAGUAUGGGACGGUAUUAAAGACUGGAAGAUCUUGUCGAUGCUGCUGCCAUGGCUGAAUAUUAUUCUAAUGUCACCCUUCAAGCUGGAGAAUGACUCUGAAAUCUACAACAAUACCAAAAAUUUGAAGGUCUAUCCGGUUUUGGAUCCGCUUGUUGCUGGAGUACAUGCCGAAUUAUUUUCCAAAAACCUGGAUCUAUUUCAAAAUCGAUGCGAUGAGAACGAGAUCGAUCUUCUUACCCUCAAUUUGACUUUCAAAUCCAUACUGAAUAGAAAAACAUCGCACGAGUCACAACAGUUGCUGAAUCCCUUGAAGUUAGCUGAAUUGACCAGCUUCUGCAUAGAUGAUAGUCAUGAGCGUGAUGAAACGCAAAAAAUUCUGAUAUUCAAAAUCUUACCCAAACUAUGCCGACUUCACAUAAUGCAAGAAUCGUGGGAUGGAUUCGAGGAGAUCACCUCAUGGGUGCUCAACAACAUGGCUCCCGGCUUUACUGAAGCUAGAAUACAACUUGCUCAUAGCUUUGCAAAAAUCAUUCAGCUCUUGACAACAAUCGAUCCCGAUUCUUCCCAUGCUCUCGUUGAAGAUGUGUUCCAGCAGCUGCAGGAGGAACUUGAGACUAUGCCCAUUGAUGCAAUAGACGCAGACCGAUUACACACUCAACUGCUCUUCAUCGCAGAACUUGGUCGUCUUAGAUCUUUGGAUCAAAGUUUCGUUACCCGUUUUGCUAAGGAUGUUCUACCUAUUACAACAGGAUUCCAACAGUUGAGACUGAACAAAAUAACUGGACAUCAAAUCAGAGAUGCUAGCAACUUUCUAUGUUGGUCAUUGGUGCGGAAAUAUGAUGUUACAUCUGACGUCGAGAAUAUUGUUUUCCAUCUGCUGAUGUGUUCAAUGUUAGAUCCAGAGCUUACAAUCCGACGUUCCGCCUCGGCGGCUUUACAAGAAGCUUUAGGCAGAUACGGUAAUGCAGUUUUCGACGAUACGAGCGUAAUGACAAUAAUAGAGCUGCCGUGCAGCAAUCUUGAGCUCUGCUACAAAGAAAACGUACCGAAGCUCAUAGAGCUAUUCGUGUCGAAAGUUCCACAUUUGAGUGAAGCCACUAUCAAGUGGCUUGUACACAUCAAUGUCAUGCGAAACCAUGAUCUCAAAAUCGUAGAGCUUUCUACUCUAUCGGUCACUAGCCUCAUAACAUUAAGCGGCAACCCUGAAGUCGCUGCAAAGAUAUUCAAGUUGAUCUUUGAGCUUACACUAAAGGUACGGAAUGACCAGACAGCGAACGCCAAGGCUCGUUACCUCUUCUUGAUAUCGGAGCGCGUAUUCUACGGUGAUGAACGAAUAAGAUCGGCAUGCCAUGAAACUUUAUCCUGGCUAGUGAACCACUUGAAGACAGAGUCCAGCAAUCCUCAAGAACAUUUCAAAAUUACGUCGUUCUUGAAAGCCCAGAACCUUGUGGUUACGAUGGGAGCGGCUCAGUUGAAAAUUGAUGCAGUGAUGGUGGAGACCUUGCUACGCAUUGCCAGAUCAGCCUCACCAACUGAGCCACGCUUCGAGCGAGUGAAAGGACUUCUUUUGCCGAUACUUGAAAAGAUGUUUUGUGAUGGAGCGCAUUUUGAGUCUAGCAUUGUAUUUCAGCAGUUCAAACAAAGCUUCCGAAAACUUGUCACUCAAAACAAUGCCAUGUGCUGUGCAGCAAUGGCUUACAUGCCGCCCAGCGACUUCUUGAGUUCAUUCAUCUCCUACUGUCCGCAUCUAAAUUAUGAUGGACGAUUCCAUGUCUUAAACGCGUUGUCAAAUACAUUGCCCAAUAUUAUAAGCUCCGAAGGCUCAGGCAUUCUUUCAAUUGUGACCGAGUUCUUAGAUGACUAUACGGUAACCGAGCAAGGUGAUGUCGGGGGGCUAGUGAGAAAAUGCACUAUUGAUCUAAUUGAGAAGCACAUCGUUCUAUUUCUUGACGCCGGUACUAGCACAAUGGAACUGAUCUGUCCCAGACUUCUACGGCUGGCAGCAGAGCCGGCGGAGAAAGUGAGAGAAAGAGCGUUGUGCGUUUUGGGGCAAAUUUGCCAAUUGCGAUGCUCUGAUGAUGAGCCACACGAUGAAUGCCUCUUCAGAAUUUACCACAAUAUGAGUGAAACUUUUUAUGAUGAAUUUUGGCAAGGUUUUGUCUUCUCCGCUGGCGCAGUUUAUUCGACUGAUAGACAAAUACGCACCAGCAUUGAUAGUUUCCUGAAGCAUUAUGCUGAACAGGCGAUGGAAAAAAGAUUGGGGCUCUUAAACAAGCUGAUACGUAUCGUUCCUUCUUUUUCGCAGGUGAAGUCCUGGCAAGGAGAACCAACGCAUGUCAAUCGAUUCGGAUGCCAACGGCGGGAUAUAAUCAAACGUGCGAUUGUAUGUGUAAACUUUUGGCGACGGAUCCUAGAGUCUGGACUGGAUUUAGUUGAGGCUUUUAAUCUACGAGCUGCUUAUGCCAGAUUUUACAACCUCGCCUUGGUCAAGAGUUCAGUCCUUAAAAUGGCUGUCAUAAAGCUGAUGCCUCAUCUUGCGGUAGCUUGUACAGCAAAUUUCUCCAACUAUGACAAAUUGCAAGAUGAAAUCAUCGCACGGUUAGGAGUUUUGGCACAGCGGUCCAAAAUUGAAGGUGUCCGCAACACAUCAAUCCAAACAGCUUGUCUGGAAGGAAUAGCGACAAUAAAUUUAGCAUUUGAUGAGGUUUAA